GGCUUAUGGUAAUGUGCGGCGUGGUACGUGAUGACGUAGGCGCCCCUGCGGGUCCCGAUUGCUGCAGCCGCUUGUCAGUGUGACGAAGAUUGGCACCGGGGCGGCGCUGACGAUCUCUCCCUCCGAUCCGCUGGGAAAUGAGGAGAUCACACCGAGUCACAUGAUGUCCACAGAGAGACUGGGCAUGGAGGAUUAUUCCGAGGACCAGCAGAUUCAGGUGGUGACGCAUUUCAAGACGGAGCAGGAAGCUGUGUGUGGGGAGGCGGCCACGCUGCCGAGCCCGCCGGGGACCGCCGAGAGUCCUAUGGAGGCCGAUAAACAGUCCAUUUACAGACACCCCCUCUUCCCGCUCCUGGCUCUGCUCUUUGAGAAGUGUGAGGGUUGCACUCAGGGCUCGGAGGGAACCACCUCGGCCAGCUUUGAUCUGGACAUCGAGACGUUUGUCAGGAGACAACACAAGGAGGGGAAGGACUUCUUCUCGGAUGACCCAGAGACGGACAGCUUGAUGGUGAAGGCCAUCCAGGUUCUCCGCAUUCACCUCCUGGAGUUGGAGAAAGUCAAUGAACUUUGUAAAGACUUUUGUAGCCGAUAUAUCGCCUGCCUGAAGACCAAGAUGAACAGCGAGACACUACUGAGCGGAGACCCAACCGGGCCCUACUCCCCCAUACAGAGCGGUCUGAGCGGAGCUCUCGGUUCCCAAGGAAUUAUGGUCCCGGCAUCCGCUAUCCAGCAAGGGAAUGUUACCAUGGCGACGAUGGCCGGGGGCACCGUAUACCAGCCAGUGACAGUUGUCACCCCGCAGGGGCAAGUGGUGGCCCAGGCCCUCUCCCCCGCCAACAUCCGCAUACAGAACUCCCAGUUACAGUUACAGCUCAGUCAGGAUUUGGGCCUUCUACACACCGAUGACGGAUCGGGGAAGAACAAGCGCGGAGUCCUCCCUAAACAAGCCACCAAUGUCAUGAGGUCCUGGCUCUUCCAGCACAUUGGGCACCCGUACCCCACAGAGGAUGAGAAGAAGCAGAUCGCGGGUCAGACAAAUCUGACGUUACUACAGGUCAACAACUGGUUUAUAAAUGCCAGACGCCGAAUCCUCCAACCCAUGCUGGACUCCAGCGCCACCGACACUCCGAAGACCAAGAAGAAGAGCGCCCAGAGCCGCCCCGUGCAGAGAUUCUGGCCGGACUCCAUCGCGGGCGGCAUGUCACAGCAUGGAGACCUGGGCAUCUCCGAGGACGGUACAGAGGUGUCGCUCUCCUCUCCCGGCGCUCUCGGCACAGACAGUCUGCAGUCGCUGACCUCGGAUGGGGCCACAUUGGCGGUCCAGCAGGUGAUGUUGGGAGGACAGAGCGAUGACGAGUCCCUAGACUCGGACCAGGAGGACGAGGACACGGGACUCAGUGCGGGGGAACUUAGGGGCCUGGUGCUGAGCGGAGGAGGACUGCAAUGAGAGGGACGGACCUGCACCUCGUCUCUCACACUUUGUAUUGUCAGUGCCAAACACACAGAAUGACGCACUGGCCACGCCCCGCCCACACCUUUUAUUUUAAUCCGCGACGUAAUAUUUGCACCUUAAAAAAAAAAACUGACCGUCGCUUCCAAGAAUUUCACUGCCGAGUGAGCCUUGUCCCCCCAGUGCCAAAAGACCCCCAUUCACCACCUGGAUUCCGGCCCACUGGAGGGUCACCUGACCAGUACGACCCCCAUUCACCACCUGGAUCCCUAGAGGGUCACCUGACCAGUACGACCCCCAUUCACCACCUGGAUCCCUAGAGGGUCACCUGACCAGUACGACCCCCAUUCACCACCUGGAUCCCGGCCCACUGGAGGGUCACCUGACCAGUUAGACUCCCACCCACCACCUGGCUCACUGGAGGGUCACCUGACCAGCAAGACCCCCAACCACCACCUGGAUUCCGGCCCACUGGAGGGUCACCUGGCCAGUAAGACCCACCACCUGGCUCACUGGAGGGUCACCUGACCAGUAAGACCCCACCCACCAUCUGGAUCCCAGUAGAAGAGUCUAUCAAGGGAUGGGGAUUGUUCUCACCUGAAAUCUGACCCCAAUCCCUGCCUAGAUUCCAGCUUGAUGCAUGGUCACCUGACCGGUGGAAGAGUCCAUCAUUGGAAGAGGAAUGGUACACUUCUGAACUCUGACCUUAGGGUACAUGGGGGGAGGGGACAGCUCACUCCUGAACUCUGACCCCAGUCACCACCUGGAUUCAGGUCACCCAACCAGAAGAGUCCAUGGGGGAAGGGGACGGCUCACUCCUGAACUCUGACCCCAGUCACCACCUGGAUUCAGGUCACCCAACCAGAAGAGUCCAUGAGGAGGGAGGGGACGGCUCACUCCUGAUCUUUGUUAAUGAACUUGUUGCGCCGGUGUGCGCAGGCCUCUGUGUGUUGAGUGUAAUGUGAAGAGGCCUCUCCAUAGAACGCUCGGGUACUUAGAUUUCGCACAACAUGGACACUCCGGGUGGAAGGUUAGUAUGGACUGCGGCUUCCCUGCACCGGGAAAUAAAACAAAAUGUCGAUUUUACUCCUCAGAUGUAUUUUUGUAGAGUUGUGAAAAAUAAAGCUGAAAACUCUCUAAAUAUUGAUGUGGAUCUCGUCAGAGGCUUCAGCAUCCUGAUUGGCCGCUCAUGUGGGGGGGGGGGGGGCGGGGGCUCCGAUCCUGUAGGGCAGCAGGCAUAGUGAGAGGUGGACUUGCCUCUGAAAGGAGAUCUGUCGCUCUUCAGGUAGGUCAGGGUGGAAGGACGAGGUCUAAGCACACAGUUCAGAUGUCGGGAUCUCCUCCCCCGGCCUGGAGGGAGGCGGAGUGCAGGAAGGAAAGAGGGCGGAGCUCUUUUGUAUAUUUUAUUUUCUUUAUUUAUUACGAUCUGAGAUAAAAUACAGUCUAUGUCCUGCCCCUUUAUAUGUCCUGCCCCUUUAUAUGUCCUGCCCCUUUAUCACGACCACUUAUAGCAGCGUGAGGCUACAUCUCCAGCCUGAUCUACUGCUAUGCUGUGAAUAGCAGGAGAGAUCAGACUACACACACACACACCUAGCAGACAGUCCUGAAAGAGAUGGGAGGGCCAGGAUUGGUCAAUCUGCACAGUCAGUGUUAUGGAUGUUUUGUAACCCCUUUUUAUAGUGAAAAAUGUUUUAUACAGAUUAUAAAUAAAAUGAUAUAAAAAUUUGCCCAAAUUCCUAAUUGAACCUUCAGAUGAAAUCCGAUAAAUUCAGAAAGGUAUGUGAAGUCUUAUAGAAAGCAGCCACAGCCUGAAUGGAAAAGCCUGUCCCCGGCCAGCAUUGCUCUUCUGUGUGGAAGCAGCGGCCUCUCUGCAGAGGUCUGACUACUAAAGUAAGAGCUAAUGCUCUCCAAUCAGCUGGAAGUAUGAGCGUUGCUGAUUCAUAGGAUUCCCUUCACUGCCCAGAGAAGACGCACAAUCUCCUGGCCUGGCCAAUCCCGAGGCUGCGUUAGCGAGCACAGCCCCUCCCCUAUUGAUGAUAGAAAAUGAUACGUCUGUUCCUCAUAUUCCCGGACGACCCCCGAGUACCACAAUAUCGAAUAUUUCAUCACUAUUACAUUUCCUUAAUGCUUGGAGAAGUUCUCCCAUCAUGUAUGAACUCUACAUAGGCAGAUCUCCUCAUGGGUGGCAACUCAGCUAAUUGUGGGUGGCGCUCACCUCCUCACAGGGGGUGAUCGGCUCCUUGUGGGUGGCACUCAGCCAUUAGUCAUCAGCUACUCAUGGGUGGUGCUCACCUCACAGGGGGUGAUCGGCUCCUUGUGGGUGGCACUCAGCCAUUAGUCAUCAGCUACUCAUGGGUGGUGCUCCCCUCACAGGUGAUGAUCAGCUCCUUAUGGGUGGCACUCAGCCAUUAGUCAUCAGCUACUCAUGGGUGGUUAUCAGCUCCUCACAGGUGGUGAUCUACUCAUAGGUGGCACUGAUCUACUCAUGGGUGGUGCUCAGCUCCUCACGGGUGGUGAUCAGCUCAUAGGUGGCACUCAUCUACUCAUGGGUGGUGCUCAGCUCCUCACGGGUGGUGAUCAGCUCAUAGGUGGCACUCAUCUACUCAUGGGUGGUGCUCAGCUCCUCACGGGUGGUGCUCAGCUCCUCGCGGGUGCCGUCAGUGCUGUUUUCCCAUUUGAUGAACGGCUGUUCCCUGUAGCAGUGUGCCCGUACCUGGUGUUGGGAAGACAUGCUCUGCUGGCAGACGUCGGAGCGAGUGAAGCCGCGAGUCUCGGCUCUUCUCUGCGGAAAUGUCCGGAAUCAGUUUAGAGGAAUAUUUUUGGUUUUCUGUUUUGGCAAUAAAAGUUCUUUUUAUCCUU